AUGGAGCUGGGCAGACGCGCCCAAGGCUGCUGGACAUGCAAACACCGGAAGAUUGGGUGCGAUCGCGGCUAUCCGGCGUGCAACAAUUGCCUCCGGACCGGGAGAGAAUGUCUGGGCUAUGGCAUCCGGCUGGCAUGGCCUGACCAGCCCGACGGUCGCCGUCGAAAGCAUCGACAGCCUGACUACGAAACCCAACUGCCUCCUGGCAACUCAAAAUACUAUGGGAAGCAGUUUCUGAAUGUGACCUACGACGAUCUCAUGCGGGCCAGGAACGACGCUCUGGCUGUCAGCUUACCACUCGCCCGGCACACGCCGCGUCCAACGCGCCCGAUUUCACUGAUGCCAGAUCUUCAAGACAGGGAGCCAUACUUGAUCUCAUACUAUGAAGAUCGGCUCUCGCGAAUGAUUUCCACCAUCGACAUCAAUAAUGGUUUUCGCGAUGAUAUCCUUCCGAUGGCUCUAGGCCCCUAUAGUUCUGCAUCCGACGGCCUUCGUAAUGCCAUGCUCGCGCUCUCCGCCUUCCACCGCUGGGGUCCCCAAGAAGCGCUCCCCUACAAGGCCAAAGCCCUACGGUCUCUGUCCUCGUCGCUGUCAGCCGAUUCCGUCGGCAUCACAGAAACGCAGCUUGCAACCUCCAUGAUGCUGUGUGUUUACAAUGUCUUUGACGAGUCGGAAGGCAACUGGAGUCUUCACCUGAACGGCGCAAAGAAUAUUCUCCACAAUCUUGCGAACAUACGAGGAGGCUACGUCAGAUACAACUUCCUCUACACCUGGUUUCUCUACCACGAGGUACUAGGCGAGUUCAGUAAUCCGCUCCAAUAUUAUCCCGAUGGACCUAUCUCUUUGCAUUUCAGGAGGGAUAUGCAUCUGGACACGGCAGUAAUUGUUGGUUCCCUUGGCUGUUCCGUAGAGGUCAUGGAGAUCAUCAGCUACGUUAAUGGUCUUCGGGCCCUUGAGCUUUCUGGGGACUCCGCCAGUCUGUCCGCCGAGGAGAAGUCCCGCCACAAUGAUGAGAGGCACGCUAUUGAGAAUCGCUUAUCAAGUUUGGAUCAACGCCUCGACUCUGUGUACGCCAACCGGCUGACACAGCAUCAACGCACAAUGAUUCUUACGACUGCAGAGCUCUACAGGCUUGCCACCUAUCUCUAUUUUCAGAGGUGUUGCAGCACUGGUCAGGCGAGCGAGCUAAGGGGCAUGUAUCUGGACCAGGCCUUCCACGUGCUCAGGUCCCUGGAUAUCUGCACAAGCCCUUGGCCAUUGUUUGUCAUCGCCUGUGAGAGCGAGACGGACGAGCAAAGAAUCGAGGUGCUGCAAAUGCUGGACAUGAUGGUCAGCGAGCGGAGUAUCGGGAACAUCUACGUUCUACGGGAUAUCAUAGAGUCCUUCUGGAAGCAGCAAGACCUCCAGGCUGACAACGGACGGGCUUCAAGUGUGAAAUGGUGGGACCUAGUGGAUCUCAAUAUUGCUGCUCCUUGGUUCAUCUGA